AUGUGCCCCAUUCCACCCUCCCCAGGUGCCCGGAGCAGUACCCAAGCUGACUCAGGUUCCAGUGAGGAUGAGGCAGCCAGUGAGGCCCGCAGCACCACCAGUGAAUGCCCCAGCCUUCUCAGCGCCGCAGCAGAGGAAAGCUUUGGGGGGGAUGCCGUGGAUGAGCAGGGUCAGCAGGAAGACCUUGAGGAGAAGUUGAAGGAAUAUGUGGACUGCCUCACAGACAAGAGUGCCAAGACCCGGCAGGGUGCUCUUGAGAGCCUGCGUCUGGCCCUAGCAGCGCACCUACUCCCCGACUUCUUGCUGGAGCGCCGCCUCACACUGGCUGAUGCCUUGGAAAAGUGCCUCAAGAAAGGGAAGGGCGAGGAACAGGCCCUUGCCGCUGCUGUGCUAGGCCUGCUGUGCGUUCAGCUGGGCCCUGGACCCAAGGGUGAGGAAUUAUUCCACAGCCUGCAGCCCCUGCUGGUCUCUGUGCUCAGUGACAGCACAGCUAGCCCUGCUGCCCGGCUCCACCAGUGCGCUUCUGCUCUUGGCCUGGGCUGCUACGUGGCUGCCACCGAUGUACAGGACCUGGUCUCCUGCCUCACUUGCUUGGAAGGCGUUUUCAGCCGGUCCUGUGGUGUGGGUAGCUCCACAGCCCCUGUGGUCCCUGUGAGCCUGCAGGGCUUGCUUUGUGCUGCCCUGCAGGCCUGGGCCUUGCUACUCACCAUCUGCCCCAGCGCCCAUAUCAGCCGCAUCCUGGACAGGCAGCUGCCCCGGCUGCCCCAGCUCUUGUCCAGUGAAAGUGUGAACCUGCGGAUGGCUGCCGGAGAGACCAUCGCAUUGCUCUUUGAGCUCACUCGGGACCUUGAGGAGGACUUUGUUUACGAGGACAUGGAGGCCCUCUGCAGCGUGCUGCGCACUCUGGCCACUGACAGCAACAAGUAUCGGGCCAAGGCUGACCGCCGGCGCCAACGCUCUACCUUCCGGGCUGUGCUGCACUUUGUCGAGGGCGGCGAGUGUGAGGAGGAGACAGUCCGCUUCGGGCUCGAGGUGCUCUAUGUGGACAGCUGGGCUCGGCGCCGGGUCUACGCUGCCUUCAAGGAUGCGCUGGGUUCCGGCAUGCACCACCACCUCCAGAACAAUGAGCUACUCCGUGACAUCUUUGGUCUGGGCCCUGUGCUGGUGCUGGAUGCCACUGCCCUGAAGGCCUGCAAGAUCUCACGUUUUGAGAAGCACCUGUAUAACGCCGCUGCCUUCAAAGCCAGGACCAAGGCGCGCAGCCGUGUGCGGGACAAGAGGGCAGACAUCCUGUGAGGCAGGACCAGCUGAAGAGGAGACUGUCCACAUCCUUGCCCGUAUUUUUAACAGAAGACAGUGCAACACCUGGUCCCUGCCAGGCAUUGUCGCUUUAUUUUUUUAAUGACAAAACCAAAAAUGGGGGUGGGUGGCUGGAGGCCAGGCCACUUGGGACCUUUGCCCCUGUGCCGACCCUGUGGCCACUUCCUGCCCUGUCUCAGGGCUGUGGGGCAGACAGAAGAGGGCUGUCCCUUCCUCAGGCCUUGCUCCCCUGGAAUGACCCACUUUCUGGGGGGGAGAGGUGAGGCUCCUUGGAGUGGAUUUAUAUGCUGAGUUUUAAAGAUUUUAGAGAUAAUUAAACAAUGUGCAGCCUUCUGUG